AUGGAUCCAGAAUUCACCGCAAUUCCUGAAGAAUUCACAGGUCUCCUCGGCUGGCGUAUUGUUGAUUUCAAGCUCGAAAAGGUCCAAGACAUUGGUGCUUUCUAUACAGGCGACUCUUAUCUUUAUUUCCACGCUUACAUCAAGGGUACAAGCAAGAGAAUCAUCCGUGAUAUCUUCUUUUGGUUAGGAUCUGAGUCAACAACAGACGAAAAGGGCACAGCUGCCAUGAAAGCUGUUGAUUUGGAUGACAGAUUCGGUGGUGCUCCAAUUCAGCACAGAGAAGUCCAGAAUCACGAAAGUGAUAAAUUCCUUGACCUCUUUGAAGAGCAUGGCGGACUUCGCUACCUUAAUGGAGGUGCUGCAUCCGGAUUCAAGCAGGUCACAAAGGACAACCACGUUGAUUUGUACAGAAUCAAGGGAAGAAAGCAGGUUGUUGUCGAGGUCAUGGAACCAAAGCGUGGAAACUUGAACCAUGGCGAUGUUUUCAUUUUGCACGCUCCAGGAAAGUUCUUCGUUUGGAUCGGCAACAAGGCAAACACAUUCGAGAAGAUGAAAUCAGAAAGAGCUCUCGAAUCCUUGAAGAAGUCCGAACCGAAAGCUGAAGUUAUCAGAAUCGAAGAUGAGCCAAAUGCUGAGUUCGACAAGAUCAUUGGCAACGAUGGUGAGAUUGGCGCUGCCCAAGAUGAUGAUGUUGCUUUCGAAAAGUCAUUUAUCAAGGCAAUUUAUGAUUCAACAGGAAAGAUGAUCGUAAAGGAUGCAGCUGUUCAAAAGUCUGCUCUUCCAAAGGACGGCGUUGCAUUUGUUAGAAAUGGCAACAAGAUCUUCGCAUAUGUUGCCAAGAAGGCACCAAAGGAUGCCAAGAAGCAUGCCAUCAAGCAGGCUAUGGACUUACUUACUAAGUUUGAAAUGCCAGAUUGGGCUCCAAUCGAAGUUAUCUACGAAGGCGUCGAUGAUGAUGACUUCGAACUUGUCUUUCAGUAA